AUGGGCGAACCUGAUAAUGUCAGUCCAUGUUUUGGCGACGACCCCGUGGCCAUCUGUGGCAUGGCCAUGAGACUUCCCGGGGGCGUAAGCAACGCGGAACAGUUUUGGGACAUGUUGAUGCAGAAGCGAUGUGCAUCUGUGCCGGUCCCGAAAGACCGUUUCAAUAUUGAUGGGUAUUACAGUCAGAAACCACGUCCGGGGACCAUCCAAACAAAGACUGCAUACUUCCUGGACCAUGUUCAACUUGACCGAUUCGAUGCGACACAUUUUUCUUUCGGUCGCAGUGAGCUAGAACAGAUGGAUCCUUUGCAAAGACUGCUGCUAGAGAUCAGUUGGGAAUGCCUUGAAAAUGCUGGCGAGACAGACUGGCAAGGCAAGACGGUCGGCUGCUAUGUGGGCUCCUUCAUUGAGGACUGGAGUGUUGAGAUGCAACGGGACUCGCAGUACUACAGCAACUAUCCGACUGGCAAGUGGGACAUCAUGUUAUCAAAUAGAAUUUCGCAUGCAUUCGAUUUCCGGGGCCCAAGCAUGACUGUGAAAACCGGAUGCUCAUCGUCACUGGUAGCUCUAAACCUCGCCGUGCAAUCUUUGAUAUUGGGAGAAUGUACUUCCGCGCUUGUGGCUGGCUGUAGUCUAUUCUUAUCUGCGCCGUCCUCGGCUGCGGGCGCAUCUGGGACUUUAGGCAACAUUGCCUCCCCGGAUGGCAUCUGCAAGACCUUUGAUGCCGCCAGCGACGGCAUUGGAAGGGGCGAGGCCAUUAAUGCCGUCUAUUUGAAACGACUGUCGCAGGCCCUUCGCGAUGGGAAUCCCGUGCGGGCCGUGAUCCGUUCGAUUGCGACUCAGCAUGACGGCAGGGAGCCUGGUCUGAUCAUCCCUAAUGGAUACGCGCAGGAGGCGCUCAUUCGGCAUACAUACGACAAGGCGGGGAUCAUCAAAUAUUCCGAAACGUCCUUCUUCGAAUGUCAUGGCACGGGCACGCGGAUUGGCGAUCUUGCUGAAGUCGGAGCCAUUGAGAGAAUUUUUGGAAAAGAAGGCAUGAUCAUCGGUGCUGUCAAGCCCAAUGUCGGUCAUUCUGAGGGCGCCGCUGCCCUGACUAGUAUCAUCAAGGUGGUACUUAUGCUUGAGAGAGGAAUUAUUGCGCCAAACACCAACUUCAAUACACCAAAUCCUAAUCUCCCUUGGGCCGAUGGAAGGAUCAGAGUUGCUUCUGAGCCUGAGCCGUUUCCUCUGGAUCGAUUACGAAGAGUCAGUGUGAACUCCUUUGGAAUGGGGGGCGCCAACAGCCAUGCCAUCCUUGAAUAUCCCUCCAUGGGGGUCGAUGGUCAACUGAAUCCCUAUAUCCAGCCACGCAUGAAUACAUCUUCUGUAGUCACAGAAGAAUGUCACAUCUUGUUGCUCUCGGCGUCGAAUCCAAAAUCCUUAGAGCUACUUCACCAGGCUUACAGGCAGUACGCUGUGACAAUCUCGGAACCGUACAAUCUAUCGGAUUUGGCAUAUACUCUUGGAUGUCGACGAACAAUGUUGAAAUACAGAGGUUUUUUCGUCGCACGACACGGAAAAAACGGAGAGCGUACGACAACCCAGCCAGAACUAAAACUGUCUGCUUCCAGCAGCGAUGAGCAAAAGACACUUGUCUUUGUGUUCAAUGGCCAGGGCGCGCAGUGGCCUACUAUGGGCAAGACUUUAAUCCUUACGAACAAUAUCUUUCGCCAAUGUAUUCAAGAUUUAGACAGAGUGCUCAGAGGAUUGAAAGCGUCUUGGACGAUUGAAGGUGAACUCCUUAAAUCAGAAACUGAAAGUCGGGUGAUGCAGUCAGAGUAUGCUUUGCCCUGCAGCACCGCUAUUCAAAUAGGACUUCUCGCAGUCUUGCGUAAUUGGACAGUGGACCCGGAUAUUGUGGUCGGCCACUCCAGUGGAGAGAUCACCGCUGCCUUUGCGGCUGGUGCCCUCACAGCAAAUGAGGCAAUUAUCGUCGCAUAUUUCCGAGGCUACAUACUCAACAGAACCGGUAAAAGACACUCAGGAGCCAUGGCUGCGAUUGGAGCCGGCUCCGAGGACACAUCUGGGUGGCUGCUACCUGGAGUAGUUGUUGCUUGCGAGAACAGUGAUGUCAACACAACUAUAUCUGGAGAUGCGUGUGCGGUUGAAACUGUGGUGGAAAGGUUCAAAACAGAUGGAAUAUUUGCUAAGAUUCUUCCUGUGGAUCAUGCCUUCCAUUCCGAACACAUGAAGGAGUAUGGUUUAGCCUAUGAAAUGGCGAUUCGCCCCUUUCUCAACACUGCCGCACCUCGGGUACCUUUCUUUUCCAGUGUCACUGGAGGCUACGUAAAGGUCGACGAAUCCCUGGGCGCCGCGCACUGGCACCAAAGCCUAGUUCAACCUGUCCUGUUUAACAAGGCUCUCAGAAGUCUUCUAAAGCAAACCAAGACACCAAAUGUUGUCAUUGUUGAAAUCGGCGCCCGCCCUUCUCUAAAGAGCCCCAUUAAACAGAUAUUAGAGAGCAUUCCCCACAGCAAAGCUAGCUACCUCCCAACUUUGGAGGAGAACAAAGAUUGCCACGAAAGUCUUCUCAGGCUGGCCGGACGUUUGUUUUGUGAGGGCAUCAACUUUGAUCAUAAAGCGAUUGCGCCGCCGGGAAAAACCCUGACAAAUACUCCUACAUAUACUUGGGCUCAUGAACAGUCUUUUCAGGGGCAACACCGUUUAUUCAGGGCGUAUAGAGACUCCCAGUACCCUAUGCACGAGCUGCUUGGCAGCCCAGUAUUUGAAACUAGUGCUCUUGAGCCUAGCUGGAGGAAAGUAUUGCUCCUCGAGGACAUUCCCUGGCUUGGCGAUCACGUUGUCAACGACCAGGUCAUUAUCCCUUUUGCAGCAUAUAUAUCGAUUGCUGAGCAGGCCCUUCGUCAGGUUAACGGAGGCUGCUUGGAGUCCUUCUUUGCUCAAGAUUUCUCUGUUUCCGCGGCACUGCGUUUGGAUCCUGGCCGUCCGGUUGAAAUACAUACCAGAUUACGACGUCUUAUUUUCAAUGAGAAUGCGCCUCCAAGCUACGAUGUCCAAAUCACUUCAUGGAAAGACAACGUCUGGACCGAGCACUGCCACACAAUAGUCACCGCAGGGACCCAUCGAGUCCAAAAGCGCUUCGCAAAGCGCGAAUUUCCGCGCUUGCUGUCUCGAAACGCUUGGUACAAAAUUACACAAGAGUUAGGUUUCACUUAUGGACCCUCCUUCAGAAGGCUAGAAGACAUUUCUGUCAGUCCCAGUGUACAGCAAGCGACAGCCCGUGUGAAUCCACCCGAGGAGACAUCAGCGGACUCAACCUGUAGCUACCUUUUACAUCCCACCGCACUCGACCAAUGCUUGCAGACUACAGGCAUUGCACUCUGCCAUGGGCUAGAAAGAAAUGCGAAGUAUAUGGCCGCACCGACGUAUAUCAAAGAACUUCUUGUUCGUCGUUAUGUAGGGCCCUUUUGGGCCACAGGAAUGAUGGACCAAGUUGCGCAGGGCCAUCUUUCUGGAACGGUCCAUGCAUACAAUGAUGAUGGGAGAGAGAUUGUCGUCAUGCAAGGUAUUGAGGGCCACCAGAUCAGUAGUGCUUUGCAACUCGAAACGGAGGCUCCUCCAAUUGUCAGCACGGCUCAUUGGCAUGCUCACGCAAGCUUCUUCCCAUUCCAGACCCUCUAUGGAACUCCCUUCUUUGACGCAGAUGAAAUCAAGAAAAUGCAGCACUUGCUAUUUCUCCAGUUAUUGGAGAUGCGUUCGAAGUAUGCUCAAGAUAACAACUUUGAAGAUGCUCUUCCUACGUGUGCGACCAGGUCAUGGGUUGAGAAACAGAUUCAAAGGGCACAGGAGACAGGUUAUGGUGUCUUGUCUGCCACUACCUGCCGGGAUAUUAUACAAGAUAACCGAGAUGAUCAUCAAGUUGCCCAUCAAAAGCUACGAAUUAAACUGCAGAGUAGCCAUCUGCAUGACAUGGAACCGACGAUGGACCAGCUGUUCAAGGACCCCAUUCGGCAGACCAAGGAAACGCUCCGAGAAUCUAUCGUGUCCCGAGGCCUCUGGCCGCUGCGAGCUAAGAAACUUUUGGCAGAUGCGAUGCAUGUUUUGACACACACAAAUCCUCAGCUGAGGAUCUUGCAGAUCGGUUCAGGUGGGAUAGGCCACAGUAUGGCCCUGACAUUGCGGGAACUUCUCCAGCCAGACAAAGGAACUAGGCUUUUUUCAAUGUUUACGUAUGCGGCAGUCUCGCAAGAUCCUUUAGACAUUCCAAAAGACGCCUUUACAGAUACUCAUGGCUUGGAAGUGCGAAACUGGGAUGCCGUAGGCGGGGACAGAGAUCUUAACGUCGUUGCUCAUUCGUGCGAUGUUAUCGUCUGUACAAAUAUUUUAUCUGCGGAACGCAAUACCCUUCAAGACUUGCAACACAUAAAGCAUCUACUUCACCCUUCUGGGUUGCUCAUUCUUCUAGAGCUUCUUUCUGGCGAUUCACUUCUAUCAUCUCUUGAUUUUCUGUUGCAGAAUGAUUCGCCACCCAUUUCAGAAGAUGUCCUACUUCCCAUUCUUCGCGACCUGGGAUUUGAUGUAGAUCAAAGUGAUCAACACAGAAGCCAGCUACCCCCCAUCAUGCGACUUUGUACUCUGAACCAGGUUGAAUCGAGUUCAUCAACCAUUACUAUCGUUACAAAUCACCAGCAAAGUGCAUUGAUUAAAAAUUUCAAAUCGGUGCUGCAUUCCUAUUCCGUCUCAGCCCGAACAUACGAUGCAGCUACUUGCAUCAAUCAAUCCGCGUCACUCCCAGCCGAGGGAGCUCUUAUCUUUUUCCUCGAUCUUGAACGCCCUUGGAUCUAUCACCUGACCGAGACUGAGUUCGCCGAGUUCGUCCGACUUCUGAGCACCGGUACCCAAAAACGACCCAUCGUCUGGGUCACACCUUUAUCGCAGAUCAGCUGCAAGAACCCACAGACCGCUCUGAUCUAUGGACUCGCUCGUACGCUGCGAUCGGAGCUAAAAGCCGAUAUCACGAUCGUUGAGGUCGACUUGGAAGAUGAUGCAGAUAGUGAUGAAUUGGCAAAAUUACUCACGCGCAUCGUCCAGCAUCUGCCGCACCGAUGCUUUGCUGACCCUUUUGACCCGGACUUUGAGUUUGCGAUUACUAUGGAGCAUGGAAUCAUGGAUGUGAUCAUAGCCAAGGAGGCUUUCAAGGCUAGCCAGGUUCUGUUGGGGCAAGAGGCUGCCGGCAUCAUUACUGGAGUAGGCGAUGAUGUAACCAAUUUUCAAGUGGGAGACAGAGUAGUCGUUCUUUUGACAGGCAAAGGUGCCGUAGCCAGCCAUCUUGAUGUCCUGCCGUCGAGGUGCUUGCGGCUGGAUAAAAAUUUCGCGUUCGAAGCUGCCGCGGCGAUGCCGCUGGCAUGCGUUAAGGCCGAGUUAACAGUAAAGAAGUUUGGAAGGAUUGAAGGCGGAGAGGUCGUCAUCGUGCUGUUCACUCUCAGCGACGUGUGUCUCGCAACUGUCCAACUGUUGCGGGAAAUACGAGCAGAUAGUCGUUUCAUCAUCACUUCGGAGCCAGAUGGUUUGCUUCUGGAAAAUGCUUUCGGCAUCGUCAGAGACUCUAUUGCGUCGGUCCCGGAAGAUGCUUCGCCAUGGCCAAAGGCAGCCUACAUGAUAGGAUUUGGUGGCCAUGUUUCCGACUGGGUACUGAGUUGCUUGUCACCUACUGGUACCCUCCUUGACGUUUUAGAUUAUUCAGACAACUUUGAGGCCUACGAAAGACCAAGGAUCUUUGCAAGUCAGGCAUAUCGCAGCGUUAACUUACAGACACUCAGUUUCUACGAUCCAGACACUGUGCAAAGGGCUUGGAAGACGUGUCAAGUACAUUUCGUCGGCAUAUCACAGCCAGCAGAUUGGGCACGACUGGCGAAGAUCUUCAAGCCAAAUCAAGUCCAGGAGGCUUUCCGUGCUGCUGUUGGACAAGAGGUUCAAGCAGAUAGCAAGGUCGUCCUCCAAAUCCCAACACCGGACCCACUGGGCAACUUUCCCUCGUCGUUCGCCGAGGUCAUUCCUGCGUCUCCUCGGUUCCGUUCAGAUGCUGCUUACCUGCUUGUGGGUGGCUUGGGCGGCAUCGGCUGCGCUGUGGCUACGUGGAUGGCAGAACAUGGUGCUGGGGAAUUGGUAUUUUUUUCUCGCUCUGCUGGAACUAGACUAGAGACUGAAUCUUUUCUGGACGAACUGCGAAGUCAGGACUGUGUCGUAAAGACGGUAACGGGGAGUGUUGCGAGAUUGGAGGAUAUCACAAGGGCUGUUAACGCGGCGGAUCGUCCUAUCGCUGGGGUGUUUCAAAUGUCAAUGGUUUUGCGGGAUGCUGCGACAUUGCGCAUGACAUACGACGAAUGGCGAGCAUGCAUCGAGCCCAAGAUCCGAGGUACGGAGAACAUUCACACAGCAUUGUCGCAGCAUAGCUUAGACUUCUUCGUUCUGUUCUCCUCGAUCGGCGGACUGGUCGGCAACCUUGGGCAAGCCAACUACAACUCCGCGAACACCUAUCUUGACGCGUUUGUUCGGUAUCGGCAUCACCUAGGGCUACCAGCGUCGGUCAUCGACAUUGGGAUUAUGGGUGGCAUCGGUAUCAUCGCCAGUACCGGCAACAUGCAAGACAGAGCCAGGUCGGCAGGAUAUCAUAUCCUUCGUGAGCAGGAUCUCCUGGAAGCCAUUACUAUCAGCAUGCACCACUCUCGUCCAAGCCCAACACCCAGUCAAGACAACGCAUAUCAUCAUCUCAGCCAGAUGGCUCUCGGUCUUUGGUCGGAGCAAGGCCUAGCAGAUCCUUCGACGCACGUCCUUUGGAAGAAGAACGCGCAUACGAGUGCGGCGCACAGCAUCCACCUAGAGAGCUUGCCCGCAGAAUCACAAGUAAAUUCUUCUACCGAGUCAGGACUGACAACGAUAAUGAUGAUUGCGAAGAGCACACCUAAACGCCUACUUGACGAGGAAACACUAAGAUUGAUCGGCAAGCUGCUUGGAACUGCUAUUGCGCAAUUGCUCAAUCUUUCCAGCGCUGAAAUCGGCCCGGCUACUGGUCUGGAUGAUCUUGGGCUUGACUCGCUAAACGCAAAUGAGCUGACAAGCUGGGUCUCCCAAUAUCUCUUGGUUGAUCUGCCGCUACCCGAUCUUAUUCAAUCGGCAACAAUGCACGACCUUGCAACUAAGAUCGCUGUCCUACUGCUGGUUAAGUUCGGAGAUGCCCUGAUAUAG